AUGGAGUCCCUCGAUGCUUUGAAAUCAGCUCAAGAAGUUGAGAUCCAGGUGAAUUCAGAGGUUUCCGGAGUCCAGCUCUUGCUCACCAAGAGCCAGCAAGUAUGGCUCCUAUCCAACGACAAAGACAGAGUGUUGGGGAAAUUCACCCAAUUGGGUGGUUUUGGAUCGGGUUCAUACACCAAGGCGGUAGAGUGUGGUGAAGGAGUUGCCUACAAACUACCGCUCAAAGACAGGACCCCAGUCCAAAUCGAUGAGACCUCUCUUCGUGGGAAUGCGCCGACAGGAUCAGUAUCCACAAUGACCUUAUACAAAUUGAUGGUCCUGACAGAGAAGGAGAAGGGUGUUACCUCCCACAAGAUUUCAUACCUCAACGUGUCCCGCUCGGAGGAGGUGGAGGCUGGCUGUGACUCCUUCAACGUGGAUAUGAAAGAGGACAUGAAGUUCAAGCUACUACCAGUCGAGGUCACAAAGCCAGAGGUUCCGGAGGUUGCUGGGGAAGAGGAGAUGAAAGAAGAGGAGCCGGCAAAGAAGUGUGCAGAGAAAUCCAAGAAGGAAGGCGUGUUUGGGGAGUGGCAGCCGACCAUGGGAAGGAUCUUUGUGUGCAACGGGAUACGGGAUGGUUCUCACAAGGACUCUGGCGUGGAGAAUCUCGAGUUGUAUGAGUGCAUUGUGACGGAGGGAGCCAGUGGCAAGCCCAUGCCCAGCUACGGAGAUUGGGACGAGAAGCCGGUCACCUCCAAGCAGUUGAACGAUUGGAUUGCUGGUUAUCGUCAAGAGACCUGUCGCUAUGUCACCAAAGGUGAGCCUAAAGAUCCAAGCCCCAGCGACGGGCGCGACAAGGUCAAGGUCUAUCGCGCCGGCGGGGUUGAGCCAGAACGGGGUGAACUCGCCCUGUGUGCGGUUUGGUGCUUGCCGCGACGACCGCGCGGACGGGGCGUCGGUUGCUGGGAGGAGAAGAUGCGGGAUGGACUGGAUGCCAUUCGCCAGGCGCAGCAGGACUGGGAGGUCGCGGGCUUGGCUGAUGGAUGUGGUGUUACGCUCACUGAGAAAAGUCUUGAAAGCUAA